UUUCCUUUUGCGCCAAAAAGGAAAGGGCCAAAAAAAAAAAAGGAGCGAGAAGGACGCCAGAAUCCAAAGCCCCCGUCACCGAAACCAAGGAGAAGCCAAAGCGCGUCACCAGAUCCUCCGAUCUCCCCAAAGCCGCCGAUCAAACCCUAGACCUCCUCCCCUUACACACCCCCCCGGCCACCCCAAAACAAAUCUAAUCUAAAUCCUCGCCACCUCAUCCUCCUCUCCGGUGCUUCUCCCCAUGGCGGACCCCGGCGGCCGGCGAUCUGCCCUCCGCCGGAAGAACUCCUUCGUCCUGCGGCCCUGGUGCUGCCACUUCGGCGCCGCCCCACGCAGCCCCGACCGCCGGAGCUCCCCUCACCGCCAACACCACCCCUCCAAGCCCCCCCAGAAGCCGCCGCCUCCCCCCUACUCCGGCGGCUCCUUCCCCGGCUCCCCUUCUCCCAGCAGUAAGCUCGGCCUCGGCAUCAUCGAUCCUCGCCGGAUCCUCUCCCCUGGCCGGGUCUCCCCGAUCGACUCCGACGCGCCCCUCGGUCCGCUGCCGGCAAUCGCCGACUCCGCCACGAUCGCUACCGUGGCGGUGGAGUCGGAGCCGGAAUGCUCGGAUCCGGUCUCAAAGGAAAGAGCUUUGGUCCCUGAGAGGCCGGCGGUGGAGGAUGGGGCUUGUUUCAGAGAGAGAUCUUCGGAUUUGAGGCUCAGCUUGAAGGGGAAAGACGGGAGGAGCUUGGUGCUGGAGCUGGAUUCGGAGACUCUGUGCGAGAGUAGUACAUUUUUUGCCUCCAUGGUUCUGAACUCUGGCCAGAAGGUCUCGGAUGCUUUGGCUGAUUGCCGGAAGAUCGAGGUUACCGAUGUCGAGGAUUUGGGUGCUUUCAGGGAGACAAUCGAGCUGAUGUUCGAGAAGGAUGCAAUGGGGUGGCUGAUGAAAGUAGGAGUCUCCCGAGCCAUUGAUAUACUGGAGGUAUCUUCCACCAUCAUGUUUAACAGAGGUGUUGCAUCAUGUUUGAAGUAUAUCGAGGCUAUUCCAUGGAGUGAGAGUGAUGAGGAGAAGCUGAAGAGCUUGUUCGCAAGGUACCCAUUUGAUGAAGCAAUAUCUGAAGAUGUGCUAGCGAGGUUAUUGCCACAAGGUCCAAAGCACUCAGAAGAUUUAGCUGUGCAACUUAUACAGUCCAUUACAAAUGGAGCUAAUAGCAAUGCAAGGAAGGAGAUGCAGUCCUUAGUCAAUGGCCUCUUAUCCAAAAGUUCAGUCUAUCAAAAAGACCUGGCUGGUCUCAACAAGGAGAGCCUGUACCACAUUUGUCAGUCUUGUUUGAACUCCCUGGUGGAGCUCUUUGAAGAAGCCUCCAACUCUGAUCCAGUAAAUCAGAUGACAAUAGUGAAAGAAACAAAGCCACUGAUUGAGCGAGUCUCGAAGCACGUCGAGAACCUUAGCUGGCUGCUAGAGAUUCUUGUAGACAAGCAGAUGGCAGAAGAUUUCGUGUGUUUGUGGGCAAGCCAAGAUGGAUUGAUUAGGAUGCAUGAAAUGGCAUCACCAAUGGUGAGAUACGAGCUCAGUCGGAUCUCAGCUUGUGUAUUUAUUGCACUAGGAAGGGGGAGAUUGCAGUGCAGGGGCAACAUAAGAUCCAGUGUCCUCAGGGCCUGGUUUGGACCUAUGUUAGAGGACUUUGGUUGGUUACAGAGAUGCUCGAAGGGGUUGGACAUGAGGAUGUUGGAGGAAAGCCUGGGCCAAGCUCUCCUUACCCUUCCAUUGAAGCAGCAGCAAAGCUUUUUUGAGGAAUGGUUUCAAUAUUUCAUCGGCCAUGGCACCCAGUGUCCAAACCUGAGAAAGGCUUUUCAGGUCUGGUGGCGAAGGUCAUUUGUAAGGUCCUCAGAAGCACACGGCUAAGCUUCUUUAGUCCUUCAAAUAUCUGGUUUGUUGUAGGAAUGCGAUAGCAGUGCGGGCUUGUAAGAUUAUUGAUGAAUAAUAUAAUAACAUUUUCUUAAAAGUUAGAACACCUCUUGUUCCCCAAAGAAAAGGAAAAAGUGGUGAUAUAAUCCGAGCUCUA